AUGUUUUGCCAGCAGCCGCAAUCAACAACACCAAUCAUACAACGUUUGCUGCUACUUUACCUAUCCUUCACUGCAUAUUUACUGUUAACAAGUUCUAAAGCAAUUGAUUUACUUGAUCAUUUUCCGAAUUACUGCAAUAAUUCAGAUCUGAUUGAGAGUGCUGGUCUAAUUCGAUCAACUCUUGGACAAUUCUUGGGCUUUGAAUGCAGUGCUGAAUUUUUUCACUGUCGUUGGCAAAGCGAUGGUUUUCGUACCUACAAGAAACUUUGUCGACCAGGUUUGGUUUACGAUACACUAGGAACUCAAAACUGCAAUUACGAUUACAAUGUAAAGGGUUGUGCAAUGCGUUCCUUUGCUGGUAACUACUCUUGUACUGCAGAACAGUUCCUUUGCCCACUAUCAGAAAAAUGCGUUAAUAUGAGUCAAAGAUGUGACGGUAAAUAUGACUGUGUACUUGAAGAAGAUGAACAAAACUGCCCAAUGUGCGAGCCUAAUUACUUCCCCUGUGUUGCUUCUGAGCAGUGUAUACCUAUGAAACGACGAUGUGAUGGCUUUCCAGAUUGCACGGAUCGUACGGAUGAAAUGAAUUGCAACGAAUGUCCAUCCGGUGGUUUCUACUGCAGAAAGUCAAAGCAGUGUAUUGACGCAUCUCAACGCUGCGAUGGAGUCGUUCACUGCCUAACUGGGGAUGACGAAGCUCUGUGUAAAAUGUCAAAAGAACAAGAAUUUUUAUGUGAAGAUCGUAAUCAAAAGAUUCCAAUGUUUCAACUGUGUGACGGCAUCGAACAGUGCCCCGACAAAUCAGAUGAAGCCUACUGCGCCAGAACCAUCGAUUAUCCAUUGUCCAUAUUAAUCAAUACUAACAAUACACUUCAACCAGCUCUGAUUAGUGACAAUUACUUGCUCAUUUAA